AUGUUUAUGAUCUGGCAGAUUAUGAAGACAGAUGGGGAUAUGGUCGACAUGCAUGCCAUGUUGAUGGAUUCAGCAGUAGGAGAGUCGCAUGAAGGUAUCCCCGCUGUCCUGAAAGUCAACCACAAAUGUACUUCAAUCGACCACAAAACCGGUGUCGUAACUUUCUCCAACGGCGUACAGGCCCAACACGACCUGAUAAUUGGCGCUGAUGGAAUCGGGUCUACGGUACGAACAACGUUGGGCAUAGUCCCUGACAGAAACCAGUCAACUUCGCAUUGCCUCCACUGCAUCAUCUCGACGGAGGAUGUGAAAAGGCUGGGUCUCUUGAAUCUCUCUGUGAAUGAAGCUAUCGAAUACUGGGGUGGCCAAGGAAUUGAGAAGAUUGUGUACUCACCUUGCCGUGAAGGCCAAGUCAACUCAUUUUAUUGUUUCUUUCCGACUGAAAUUGCAAGGAACCCUGGCGAGGGUUGGACCCAUGAAAUUUCGGUCGAAGAGCUUCUUGAGCCCUUUGGAACUCUGGAUCCUAAGCUUUAUGCUUUAUUUGAGAACUCCACUGACAUCAAGCCUUGGCGUCUUUUUUACUCGUUUGCGAACUCUCCGGAAGACAUCAGCAAAGGACUUCAUAUUUAUGAGCAGAUCCGCAAACCCCGUGCAUCUAAAGUACAAACAGCGAGUGCGAGGGCGAGAGAAGAUAUCACUGAACGCAUUGGAUUUUCGAGCAAUACCACAAACCCAUUAUAUAAGGUUAAAGAUGAGAAGAGGAAGCUGACUAUUGAGGAGAUGAACGAAUACGAUCUCAGUGCAGAUAUUGAGACUAAAGUAGUAGGCAUAGCGAAUUAA